AUGGUACCGUGCGUUUACGAGCCUGAUGUUAUCAUUCCAGGCGCCGCUAGUAUCAGGCAGCAUGUGGUCCUGAAUGAUAAACGACACAUUAUCACAAAAGAUACUGACGAUAACGUUGCAAUGUGGGAUGUGCUAAAAGGCAAAAAGGUUUCUGAUCAUGGGAAGAGACCAAUGGAGGAAGUGAUCAAGGAUAAUUUCAAGAAAGUAUUCGUGCCGUCAUGGUUUACUGUUGAUCUGAAGAGCGGUAUGUUACAAAUAACACUGGAUGAGUCAGAUUUCUUUUCGGCAUGGGUAUCAGCAAAAGAUGCCGGUUUCUUCGAUAGUACCAGCGAAACCAAAAUAAAUUAUGGUGGCAUGUUACUUCGAGCACUGUUUGAACACUGGUCACGAUCAUUUUCGGACAUUGAUGAAGAUUCGCCAACACAUCGAUUCAAUUCGGUGCCCGAUCACACUCCUCUCAUAUUAUGGUAUGCAAAAAUUUAUGCAAAUUUACCCCAUUUCAAAGAAAAAUUGCUUUAA